CCCAGCCCCUGGCGCCUCCUCCUCCUCCCCCUCGCGCCGCGCCGGCCCUCCGCGCCAGUCGCUGACAGCCGCAGCACAGGGAGCUUCUCCAAACGAGGCAGGACUCCUGAAUAUAUUUGAAAACUGAACAAUUUCAACCAAGCCGAAGCGUUGUCUUCCUGGAGGCACAAAUCCAGCUCAGCUGAGCCACAACAGACAUAAGUCAUCAUGGUGAAAAGUCAUGUAGGCGGCUGGAUCCUGGUUCUCUUUGUGGCCACAUGGAGUGACGUGGGCCUCUGCAAGAAGCGACCAAAGCCUGGAGGAGGAGGCAGCAGUGGCGGCAACCGCUACCCACCCCAGGGUGGUGGCUGGGGUCAGCCCCAUGGUGGCGGCUGGGGUCAGCCCCAUGGUGGUGGCUGGGGUCAGCCCCAUGGUGGCGGAGGCUGGGGUCAGCCCCAUGGUGGCGGAGGCUGGGGUCAGCCCCAUGGUGGCGGAGGCUGGGGACAGCCCCAUGGUGGCGGAGGCUGGGGACAGCCCUAUGGUGGCAAGCCCAGUAAGCCGAAAACCAACAUGAAGCAUGUGGCAGGAGCUGCGGCGGCUGGGGCCGUGGUGGGGGGCCUGGGUGGCUAUAUGCUGGGGAGUGCUAUGAGCAGGCCCCUCAUACAUUUUGGCAAUGACUAUGAGGACCGUUACUAUCGUGAAAACAUGAACCGUUUCCCCAACCAAGUGUACUACAAGCCUGUGGAUCAGUACAGCAACCAGAACAACUUCGUGCGCGACUGCGUCAACAUCACAGUCAAGGAGCACACGGUCACCACCACCACCAAGGGGGAGAACUUCACCGAGACUGAUGUCAAGAUAAUGGAGCGUGUAGUGGAGGAGAUGUGCACCAUCCAGUACCAGAAAGAGUACCAGGCUUACCAGAGAGGGGCGAGCGUGAUCCUCUUCUCUUCCCCUCCUGUGAUCCUCCUCCUCUCUUUCCUCAUUUUCCUAGUCGUGGGAUGAGGGCAGCUUUCUGUUUCCACCAUCCUCGUCUUUUACCAGGUUGGGGGAGGGGGUAUCCAGCUGCAGCUCUUCAGUGGCAGUGUCUCAUUCACGCUUCUCCCUUUGUCACCCGUAGGCUAAUCCCCUUGGCCCCGAAGCCACAGGGAAAUGCAGAGCAGGCCUGGCAGGCUAAGUAGUCAAGCCCAUUUGAUUGGGUCCUUUAUGGGCCAUUGCAAGUGCCAGGCUGGUAAGGGGGUCACAGCGAAUCAUCAUUCCAUGAUCUAGGCUUAUUUUGUCUCCAGUGCAACAGAUUGAGACUAAAUAAUCCCAAAACAGUCUUCAGAUGCCUUUGCCUACUUACCCCUGGCUCUGCGAGAGCUCAGCACACUAACACUCCAUCUUAGUUAGCAGUGCUUUGUUAGCAAUGCGGACACGUUUUCUCAUUUGUUUUAGGAAAACCUGACUGCAUUUGCGUGUGUAAACAGCAUUUCUGCCAAAUUUGCAAGGAUACUCAUUCAAAAAAACAAAACUAGGAAUCCUCAGCUCUUGGGCCCAGGCUCGGCCUGCUGGAGAAUGUGUGCCUGUGUCUGCAGAGAAUGUGACAGUGAUCUGCAUUCCGCAGCACAGGCCACACAGCUGCUGUUGCAUCAGGCGUGAAUAUUCAGGCAACACUAGACCUCUGAGCAGAGGACGGUUUCAUAGGGCAUGAACAUAACUAACAUAAUACGAGAGGCUUCUGGGGCUAAAACUGUCCAACAUUUGGGAGUGGUGCCCUCGGAGGGUGCCCACACCUGGCAUUCCUCUGUUUAUUAACAUAAACUGUAGAUAUUUAAAGCAGUUAAAAAUUAAAUUACCCUCUGGACACAGAACAAAUCUCCUUUGUUCAUUUACCUGGAAGUAAAAAUGAUUUUGACAUUGGGUGAAACCAGAUUUGAAUACAGAGGAAGCUGCAGCUGCAGACACACCAGUAUCAGAAGGUUAUGCAAUGAAGAAAAGGGUUGAUGCACAAAGACGCGCUUGCAUUUCUUCACAGUAUCUCAUAAUUGUCACAAACCAGAAUUGGGUUGAAUCCUUUGUCUCUGUGAUUGGCUUUUGAAUGGAAGAAUAGGGAAUAAAAAAAAAACAUGUUAGGCUGGAGAUUACAGAAAAAUGAUCUGUUCAGAGUGGAAAAAGAAAUUCUGUUUCUGUUAUUUAAAUAGGUAAAAUUACUCCUUGGAUUGUUCAAUAUUGUCACCUAGCAGAUCUCUGUUGUUAUUCUGCAAUGUGAUUGGCUUGGAUGUGUGUGGGUAUUCAAUGUAAAAAACCCAACAUAUAUAUAUAUAUAUAUAUAUAUAGUGCACAUGACAAACAAAAUUUCCGUUAGAGCAGUUAACACCUGGGGUCUCUGCGGCACUAUCUGUUUUUGUAAGGUACUAAAUGCGUAAUACGUGGGAAACCCUUCUGUGUGGUCUUUAGGCUUAUACCAUGUGCACUGAAUAGUUUUGUAUAAGGAUCCAAAGUGGUCUUUGAAAUUGCAUGUACUUUAUAUUUUCUAUAUUUGUAACUUUGCAUGUACUUGUUUUGUUGUAUAAAAAAUUUGUAAAUGUUUAAUAUCCAACUACAAUUAAACAGGAGCUGAGAUGAC